AUGCCAGACCAUGUACUUUCUCCAGCUAUUGCAGAUUCCAAGAUGAGAAAAUUUUAUGGUGAGUUACUAGCUGAUGCCUCACACUAUAAAUCACUUGUUGGAUAUCUUCAGUAUGUUACAUGGACUAGACCAGACAUCUGUUAUGCUGUCACCCAAGUUUGUCAACAUAUGAGCAAUCCUACUUCUGUUCACUUAGUUGCUGCUAAAAGAAUUUUGAGGUAUUUAAAAGUCACUAUGGAUUAUGGAAUUAUUCUGCAACAAGGUUUGACUGCUAUUUCCUCUUACCCUGACUCGGACUGCGAAGGAAAUCCAGAUGAUAGACGUUCUAUUAGUGGUUACUAUGUCUUUUUUGGCCCUAUAAUCAUGUUUCUUGGUCUUCUAAAAAGAAACCCACUGUUUAUAGAAGCUCUACAGAAGCUGAAUGUCUUCACAAAAGGUCUCUCUGCAGCCAAAUUUGAUGUUUUGCGUGACAAGCUGAAAGUUCAACCACUGCAGCUUGAGGGGGGAUAA